GCCAAAAAAUCCAGUACCCACUUCUUUUCCCGGUUUCUUACCAGUUGGGAAGAACGAAGCAAACAUCCCAUCAUCAUCAUCAUCCAUGACUUGCCGAACCACCACCACCACCGCUCUCAACCUCAUCGCCACUCCGUCAAAACCCGUAUUUUCCGUUGCUCUCGCCGGAAAAUUUCCGCACAAUUGCCCGAUCAAAUCCCGUCGUCUAUCUCGUGUGCGUUUCCGUUCUCCCACGUCACUGAACCAUGAGCGCCCGUACAAACGUCACCGUUUCGUUCCGAAAGCGCGCUAUUCCUCUUCUUCGGAGGCCGUAGAGCUCCCUCUCCUUCCAUUUCCUAUGGACCAGGUACUUGUUCCCUCUGAGACUAAGACUCUUCAUUUGUAUGAAGCAAGAUAUCUUUCGUUGCUAGAUGAGUCUUUGUUUGGAACAAAUAAGCAUUUUGUGCACUUUGUGUUGGAUCCAAUUGGUAUUAAUGAUACAGCAGAAGCAUCAUUUGCAGCUAGAUAUGGUUGUUUGGUUCUUAUAGAGAAAGUUGAGCGGUUAGAUGUUGGGGCAUUAGUUUCUAUCAGGGGAGUAGGUCGUGUUAAAAUUGUGAAAAUUGUGCAGGCCAACCCUUACCUGAGAGGCGCAGUCAUACCAAUGCAGGAUGUGGUUCCUGACAGUCUAAGCAAAGUAACCUUCCAGGUUGUCGAGCUGAAGGAGGCUCUUCACUGUUUGAAUGGCUUGGAGAUAAAGUUGAAGGCACCAAAGGAGGCAUUAAUGCAAACACAAAUUGCUAAUGCGGUAGAGUGGGCUGAAAAGGAAUCCUCUGUAGACAGCUAUGGAGCAUUUUUUCCAUCUUCCAUCGAGCGUUUAUGCUUUUCAGGACUUCAACCAGUUUCAGGAGGAACACCGACGGAAUUGCGACAAUUGCAGAGAGAGAAGUUGAGAGCAAUGGAGGUUAAAGACACACUGGAAAGGCUAAAUCAGUCCUUAGAAUUUGUCAGAAAUAAUAUCUCAAUGGUUGCAGCCAAGCUCGCCAUUCAGUCAUUGGGGUCUCAAUGAACAAUGAAGUAAAAGGCAUUCUUCAUUCUGGUGUCAGAAGUAGAGAAGAAAUGAAGGGAAGAAGCGUCACAAGAAAAAGAAAAAGCGAUAUGUCAUUCUUAAAUCAACGAUGAACCUAGGGUUUCCUUGUGCUUGUAGUAUAGAUUCUUCAUUCUGGUGUCUAUCUAUAGUAUUUGUUCAUAUAGUAGUAUAUCUUGUUUCCGGGAUUAAAUCAUCUUAAUGGGAUGGAAUCAAAACUAGUCGUAAAGAAACUUGCUUCAACAGGGUGAAAGGCUUUUUGUCAAGUAGCAGUUUCAGGUGUGGAA